AUGAAAACCUCUGUUCUCGAUGUUAUAAACUCCAAGGAACAUGUUAACAUAUGUGCACCCAUGGUGCGAUAUAGCAAGUUGCCGUUUCGAGCAUUGCUACGCAAGUACAAUGUCGAUAUUUGCUAUACGCCAAUGAUCCUCGCCGACGUAUUCAAGAACUCGGAUCUUGCCCGUGAAACUGACUACUCGACGAAUGCAGGUGACGAUCCGGUGGUUGUCCAGUUUGCAGCGAGUAACUCGGAGGACUUGGCUGCUGCUGCUGAGCUUGUGGCACCCUUUGCUGGCGGUAUCGAUAUCAAUUGUGGUUGUCCUCAAAAGUGGGCUAUUCAAGAACGUAUUGGUUCCCACCUCAUGUCAGAUCCAGAAACAGUGCGAGAUAUGGUGCGAACGGUCAAAAAUCGAGUAUCCAUUCCAUGCAGUAUAAAGAUCCGAGUCCACCCAGAUUUAAGGGAGACUUAUGAAUUUGUUAAACGAGCCGAAUCAGUUUGUGUGGAUUAUAUCACUGUGCAUGGUCGUACAAGAAAUCAAAAAUCCACUGAGCCGGUAAACUUUGAAGGCAUCAAACUAGUGAAAGAGUCCGUGUCCAUGCCCGUAUUUGCCAAUGGCAGCAUAUUUUCGAACGCAGACGCAGAAGAAAUGUAUGAGAAGACUGGUGUUGAUGGUGUCAUGUCGGCAAGAGGUCUUUUACAGAAUCCAGCAUUCUUCUCUGGUUACGAGUAUACACCAUGGGAGUGUAUUGAGGAAUAUGUUCAUUUGGCUCUCGGCUAUGGCACCAAUCAUUUCAUUUUCCAUCAUCAUUUAAUGUACAUGUUCGAGGAUAUCAUGAGUAACGCUGAACGCAAGACAUUCAACACACUUUCCAGCAUUCCAGCAAUUCUUGAUCAUUUAGAAGAGCAUUGGGGAUUAGACGUCAAUAAAUUAAUUUAA